AUGAGUGUGCAAGAAGCUGUUACAUUUUGGGGUUGGUUUUUUUCACAUAAACAGUUGGAAGAGGAUGCAGAGCUGUCUGAGGAGGCUGUGGAGAUUAUAGAGAGUCUUCUCUAUGGAGAGUCUUCUUUGGAGACGAUAGAGAGUCCCUCCAGAUCAUCUCAUGUGGAGGAACAACCGGAUCUCCUGCAGGACGAUUUGCCAAAGGAUGCAGAGAUAUCUGAAGACACUGUGGAGACCAUGGAAGGUCCGUCCGGGUCGGCUGGGUCUUCAUUGGAGAGUAUAGAGAGUCCCUCCAGAUCAUCUCCUGUGGUGGAAGAACUGGAUCUCCUGCAGACUGAUAUGUCAAGGGAUAUAGAGCUGUCUGAGGAGGCUGUGGAGACCAUGGGAGGUCCGUCCAGGUCGGCUGGGUCUUCUUUUGAGAUCAUAGAGAGUCCCUCCAGAUCAUCUCCUGUGGUGGAAGAACUGGAUGCCUUGCAGACCGAUUUGCCAAAAGAUGCAGAGAUAUAUGAAGACACUGUGGAGACUAUGAAAGAUCCGUCCAGAUCAUAUCCUGUGGUGGAAGAACCGGAUCUCUUGCAGGCCGAUUUGCCAAAGGAUGCAGAGCUGUCUGAGGAGGCUGUGGAGACCAUGAAAGGUCCAUCCAGGUCAGCUGGGUCUUCUUUGGAGAUUAUGGAGAAUCCCCCCAGAUCAUCUGUCUGUACUCUGGAGUCUGUGUGGGAGAUGGCCACCCAUACGGCACCAGGCUCAGCACCUCCAGAGGUAGGGCCACAUCUGUGCUCUGUAAGACUUGUCGGCUGUGAGAGAGUGAGCGAAGAUCCACCCUGCCCUGCUGUCACACUCGCUGAGCACGAGAUGAGGGCUCGAGAGUCCGAGAAGACAUGCAGUCCUGCAGUGCAGCGAAAACCGCUGCCUCGUCUGCUACCACUGGAUCAACUCGCUGCCAUGACACUCAAACCUGGUCCGAUACCAGCGGAUCUACUUGUUGCCAUGGGACUAAAACCGGUUCCCCCCCUGUCACCACUGGAUCAACUAUUUGCCGUCACACCCUCUGAGCACGAGAGGAGGAUUCGAGAGGCCGAGCAGACAUGCACACCUGCAGUACAGCGAAGUCCGCUCUCUCCUCUGUCACAGACAUAUAGACCUGCAGUGCAGCAAAAAUCGCUACUUCCUCUGCCCCCAGCGGAUCAACUUGCUGGCGUCACACCCUCUAAGCACGAGAGGAGGGUUCGAGAGGUCGAGCAGACAGGCAGUCCUGCGGUGCAGCGAAGACCACUCUCUCCUCUGUCACCAGUGGAUCAACUUGCCACCGUCUCACACUCUGAUGUCGAGAAGAUUCGAGAGGCCCUGAAACAGCAAUGCAGACCUGUGCGGCGCAGACCGCUACCUCCUCUGCAACAGACAUGCAGACCUGCAGUGCGGCCAAAACCGCUGCCUCCUCUGCAACAGGCAUGCAGUCCUGCAGUGCGGCCAAGACCGCUGCCUCCUCUGCCACCUGCAAAUGCAAUGCAAAGGUGCAGGAAGAAGAGGUCCAGUGCUGAGGCAUCCAUCGAUCCAGAUGACAAGCUGACUGACUCAGAGACCAGCAAGUCCCAUGCCCCCAUCUCCUCCCGUACAGUGUUGACUGAGCACAAGGCAACACAGACAAUAACACCAAGAGAUGCAUUGGAACACAAAGAGGGCUGUGAAGGACAAUCAAAGGUUGAGAGUCUGCGAGUUUUGGUGCUCUCAACAAAAUUGAAACUUGACUUGGUCAGAAAGCUUAAAGAAGAGGCCAAGGCUCACCACAAAGACGAGAAAAUCAUUGUGAAGAGGGUCAAAAAAGGUGAUAAAAUGGACAUUUUGAACGGCCAGAGGAGGGUUGAAACCGAGUUGAAAAUAGUCAAGGGCCAGCUAGCAGCAUGCUUAAAGAACAACAAAAAGAAGCUGGUGGAGGAGGAGAAUGAAGAAAAAAAGAGACAAAAGGCUCAUCCCAAAGAGGCAAAGGAAGAGAAGGUUCAACCGAAAAAGCUUGAAAAGGAACAGGACAAAGAGUUUAAAAAGCUGCUCAAAGAGAAGUUGGAAAUGAAAAAACAGGAAAUGAUAAGAAUACAUGAGGAAGAGAGGAGGAAAGAAGAGCAAAAAACGAACGAAGAAAAUGUUACUGUGAGAACCAUAAUCAUAGACAUGAGGCGCUGUAGAAUAAUGUGCAGACAAGAAGACAAACAAAAGGACAGCAAGAUAACAAAGAAAUUCAAGAAGCAAGUGGACAUGUUGCUGAAAGAGGAAAAGAAGGCAGAAUGGCUAAAAUAUGAGCUGCAAAAGUUGGAAAAUGUGAAAAUGAGGAGGGAGGCUGAGGAAAAGAUUCAGAAGAGUCGGGAGAUGGAGAAAAGAGAGGAGGAGGAGGAGAAGAAGAAGAGAGGGCUGGAGGAGAGGUCCGCUGCCGAACAGGAGGCAAAUGACUGGCUCUGUAAGAUGAGGGCUGUGCUGAGACGAGUGAGAGUGGGUGAAGCUCGUCUCAGCAACCUUGUUUAAAAGAACCCGGCAGGACCUGUUAGAAGAAGCGAGACGGACAUAAAGGUCAGCCUGGCGUGUCUUGAAGAUGAACUACCAUCCGCACUGAGUAUCAUACACCAAGGCAGCCAGAGGAGAUCACUGGAAGCAGAUACCUCAGCCCGAGCAGGAACUCUCCACUUAAAGCUGCUCUUCAGACCAACACACCUGUCUGCUGUCCCAGCAUCAGACCAAGGAGGAUGGUCCCCCCAAGAGUCUGGCUCCUCCCAAGGUUUCUUCCAGCGUCUGGGAGUUUUUCCUUGCCACCGUCGCCUUUGGCUUGCUGUUGGGGGCAUGAGGACAGCUUUUGGUUCUUCUAACAUCCUGAAUAAACAAUAUUAAAAAAUAAAGCCAAACAAAAACUA